AUGGUGCUUCAAACGAAUUACAUCAAUACCCACCAGCGACGCUUGCUGCUGAUGGAGGGCAAAUGGCGUACGCGUGUAGCAGUACCCCAGCAGGGCGGCCGGCUCAUCAUCACCUUCAUCCUUGCAGCAUUUUUGGCCUUCUGCGCACAGGAAGGUUCAGCCUUCCAGCUCAGCGAUGAGGCAAAGGCCUUCUCCACGGAAUGGUCGACUGAUGUGUUCGUCGUCAUGGACGGAGCACUAUGCCUGGCAACCCCCUCUUCUCCUCCAGCCUCAUCAUCCACCCAAGUAGUGGGGCUCCGGCCCUGUGGUGGUGCUGCUGCUUCUGGCACCGAGCCCAGCAGCUCGUCACCGCCCCAGCAGGCAGCAACGGUUGUACGGGCAGCCCGGUUCAUUCCCAUGGAGAUAUCAUCAGCAGCCGAAUACACUCGCAUGGAAUUCACAACAGCAGUGGAAGGCGGCACACCCAUGUGCGUCGGAGUAUCCGACAAUAGGCUGAACAUUGCGACCAGAUGCGAGCAGGCUGCACCUUUGCGCCUUAUGCCGGUUGCAGCUAUGAUGCUUGAUUACACGGCAAACGUGGCUGCUGGCAAGGAUACCUCCCGCAGCGACGGCUUCCUUAUCACGGCGACGACCACAAAGAAUGAUGAUGACCGCGCGUCCACUACAUAUCCAUUGUGUCUUACAGCUUUGCCAGACUCUGCUGUUGCCUUCAAAGACUGCAAUAUGAGCCUUAUCCAGCACCAAUCGUGGCAGCUAUGCAAGGAACCUGGAAAGCUCUGCGCUCCCGUUGACCAAAUGGUCCGUCGGGAGCGUGCACGGGCAUACAGCAGCGCUGUGGACGAGUUUACAAAGGAAUCGACAAUUGCUGCUCCCGGAGCUACCGCCACGUCCGUCGAGACUAGCAAGAUUAGUAAGAGCAGUAGCGCUACUGUCACUUCGAAGCCGCAGAUGCUGUCUUACAUUUCAGUGAUUGACGCAAGUUCAACGGACGGCAAAUUGAACAUCGUCAAAAUCAACGGUGAAGGCUUCAAUACAAAGGGGAAAUCCGCCGUCAUCGAUAUCACGCUGCCCAAUGGUGUAAUCGUCACCACCAACCUUUCGCGAAACUUGGAGGACGAUGCUGAGCUGGGUGUGAAAGAACUUUGUGCCGUGAACGUAAGCGGAAAGGCUGUGGGCAAAAAAGUGUGCGCGUCAAGGAUGCGAGCACCCUCUGCCGCUGCUUUUGGGUCGCAAACCGUCCCCGGAAAGCUCGCCUUGUCGACCUCCGCAUGCCAGCUGUUCGAGGGCAGGCUUGAGCAGGAUCCAUCAAGCAGCGUUGUGAUAACGAAAUGCGCCGCUGACAGAUAUGUGCUUUUGGGUGCAACAGGAGGCGUCUGGCAUGGAACAAUAAGCAGUGCUGUGUAUGGUACUUUUACAUUGAUACCCGUGGUUAUCGGUGGCAAGAUUCAUGGUGAUCGACAUUACUUCUACAAGCCUGCUGCAAGCAACGAGGAAGCCGACAACCACAGUGACUCAAGUCAUAGAGGCAGUAAUCAUCAUCGCAGCACCCGUAGGGUGCUGCAGGCACGCAGAGACUCAUCAGCAUACCUCUACCUGAACGUCUACAUUCCAGAAAAUACAUGGUACUCUGGCAUUGAGGGGGCCAUAAGGACGGGCGUUGCCAACACUAACCAAGCCCUAGCACGUGCUAACGCUGGCUUCAAGCUUGUACUCCUUGCGAUUGGGAUGCAGCCAGCCAUAAUCUCACGUGCACAUUUCCGACAAUGUCGGGGGUCUACCCAGGAGUCGAAUCCAGAUUUUAAAGCGCAAAUCGCAGUAGUGUCUCCAGACCCGACCAGACGGUGCUUUAUAGGAUGCAUAGUCCCUAACGUUAAGGUCAGCAACAGCUAUGUGCGCCCGGACAUGCAGCAAACACUGGCUUACCUGGCGAAGAAUCCUCCACCGUCCGUGAAUGCGACGGGUGCAGACUACUACAUGCUUGUAGCUCCAUCCUGGCUAGGCCCAAGUACGACAGCGGGUAUCGCCUACGUGUCAUGGCCGCAGUCAGUCGUAAAAGCAACGUAUCUCACGGACACAACCUUCCCGCACGAGCUGGGUCACAAUUUCGGCCUUGCGCACAACAGGGAGGAAUGUGGAUCGAACUGCAACGCAGGGACUUCAUAUGCGUAUGGGCCGUGGGCAUAUGUGGAUGGGCACUGCGCAGCCUUCGACAAAUGGUGCUGGGAAUGGCACUACAACAAGGCUAUGACAUCAAUCAUGGGAUAUGAUAAUUCCGGAUGCCCCAGCAAAAACUUUGUCUGGAAAAAGGGCGUCAACUGUGACCGAGUAAUGGACUACGGUUACAACGGAUUCACUAUCUGCAUAGGAAACAUCGCCAUAACUGGAGACCUAGGUGGCCAGAUUUACAGGCAUUCGCAUUGUGGUGUUCCCCUGGGUGACCCAGACAACGACCCUGGCAGGGCAUUACGAGAACUGCGGGAUCGGAAUGCAAAUGCGUACAAGCAGUAUGGGUGCAACUGGUGGAAAGACUUGGCCUAUUCUAAUGGAAACUAUGGAGGCGGCUGCUUCUUAGAUACCUCAUAUCAACGCUGUUCAGACGCCUGCCAGAAUGAUGGCUGGGGUACUUGGUGGAACUCAAUUAACAACAGGGUGAGACAGCCCGAUCGGGUCCCGACAGGAAUGGCACUUGUCCUGAAAAUCCCGACAGGCUUUGAAAAUGCUUUCGGGCGGACCCGACGAAAAAGGGGGAAAAUGCCAAACGGCCAUCGGGAGCCCCCGUCGGGGCCCGGAGGGCCCCCGUCGGGGGACCCGACAUGGUUAGGGGCGCUAGGACCACCCGAUCGGGUGCCAUGGGUCGUCGGGAUCCAAGAUACAUAA